AUGUUGGCGCAAUACGCAAAGGUCAAAGAAGGAAUUCGCGCGGUCCGGCGCUUGCGACACAAACAAGGAGGUUCUUACCAAAGGGUUACCGAUCACAGCUGCACACGGCAGACAUCUGAGCUGGAGUCACUGCUUUGUAAGCAGGAGGGAGCUUCGCUGGCGCCGUCCCACAUGGAGCUAUUCGAUGGCGGCACGAGCUCGCGAGACGAUGCCUUCCUCCGUCCAGCGCUGUGGGAAGACAUCGCCUCUUCAAUCAGGAACAUCGACCCUGAGAACGCUAACAUGCUCGCUCCCCUCGGAGCCACACACGUUAAACUCGAAGCUGAGGAUGCACUACUGGAGGAGUGCGUCACUCCUCUGCUCAGCCCACUGGAGAUUAAGACGGAAAGACUCUGCGCCCCGCCGACGUACGCGCAACCGCAGCCGCCGCAGCAUCAACCACACCAGCAACCUGCUAGCUCAUUCUCAAAGUACCCACCAUCGAGGCUGAUUUACAUGUCACCGUUGACACCGCCGGGAUCCGAUCAAGGCAGCCCGGGGAACUCGAUGCAGGGCGGGCCACGCAGGACGCCGCCACCACCGUACCACGCGCCACCACAUCCGCCACAGCCACCACCGUUGCUGCGAGCACCUCAUCCACUUCCGCCACAACAUCCCUUGCCACAAACUCAUCACCAUCCGCAACAGGCGAUGCAGCAACCGCAGCAGCAGUUACAGAUGGCGCCACAACUGCCGCAAGUGCCUCAUCCUACGCCACACUCACGACUCACCUCACUAUCCGUCAAAUACAACAGACGGAACAAUCCUGAACUAGAGAAGAGAAGAGUGCAUCACUGCGACUUUAUCGGUUGCACUAAGGUCUACACCAAAAGUUCUCAUCUGAAAGCCCAUCAGCGAAUACAUACAGGAGAGAAACCGUAUACUUGUCAAUGGCCCGAGUGCGAAUGGCGGUUUGCAAGAUCCGAUGAAUUGACGCGUCAUUAUCGCAAACACACCGGCGCUAAGCCGUUCAAGUGUGCGGUAUGCGAGCGCUCGUUCGCUAGGUCGGAUCACCUGGCGUUGCACAUGAAACGGCACCUGCCGAAGACGUCCAAAUGA